CACCCUUUCACUAGUCUAAUUCCCAACCCACCUGAGCCUGAGAAGGGCUAAAGGGUUCAUUGUAGGAGAUGAGUGGGAUUGGGAAACACUGACGUAGAGCUCAGUGGUGUGUAUCAGCACUUCACUUCCACUCAGGCUCAGUGCUCACAGUCCUGCUCUAGAGACACAAGCCACACACGAGCUGCUCCUUCCGUUCCGCGCUCAGCAGCUAAAGCGGACAUUGCUGGCAGAGUCAGUCCCAGUCGGGUCUACUGCAGGUUCUUCUCGGGCUUGGGCCGUUUAAAAGUCCCGUCUUUGGACUUUACGGUAUGUUGGGAGCCGUGAAGAUGGAAGGACACGAACACUCGGACUGGAGCGCUUAUUACGCAGAGCCCGAGUGCUACACCCCAGUUGGAAACAUGAGCGGCGGACUGAAUUCAAUGAGCGCCUACAUGAGCUGCGCGGGUGGCGUGAACGUGCCGUACAUGCACGCAGGUCUCGGCCACCCAGCUAGCGGCACGUGUACGGGGAUGAACCCUAACGGGAGCCCGACCUCCGCUCACGCCCUGGCCGCUUCCUACCCGAACCUGAACACGAGUGCGUGCGGCCAGGUGACCGGUCGGCCCCGCGAUCCCAAAGCAUACAGGCGGAGCUACACACACGCCAAACCGCCCUACUCGUACAUCUCACUGAUCACUAUGGCCAUCCAGCAAUCCACAUCCAAGAUGCUGACGCUGAACGAAAUCUACCAGUGGAUCAUGGACCUGUUUCCUUUUUACCGACAGAAUCAACAGCGCUGGCAGAACUCGGUCCGCCACUCGCUCUCCUUCAACGACUGUUUCCUCAAGGUGCCCAGAUCACCCGAUAAACCAGGUAAAGGCUCCUUCUGGAUUCUUCAUCCCGAGUCGGGCAACAUGUUCGAAAACGGAUGCUAUCUGCGGAGACAGAAACGCUUUAAAUGCGAAAAAACCGAGGACAAACCCACGGAAUCGGAUAAGAAACCGCACAACGACAAAGAAUCGUCUCGACUUGAUGACUCUCCGACCAAAGACAUAAAAAGUUCCGAUCUGAAAGAUGUUAUAAAAGCGACGCAGGCUUUGAGUCCAGAACACCAGAGUCAUCAUCAGGACCAUCAUCUGGAUGAACAUCAUCAUCCUCAUCAUCAUCAUCCCCAUCAUCAUCCUCAUCUUCUCGCUCAGCAUCAUCCGGUGCUCGUUCACGACUCGCACCUGAAACCGGUACACCACUCUUACUCCUUCGACCACCCGUUCUCUAUCCACAACCUGAUGUCUUCCGAGCAGCAGCACCACAAAAUGGACAUGCUGAAGCCCUAUGAGCACGCCAUGCACUGUUCCGGCGGAUACGGAUCUCCAAUGACUGGUUCACCGAUGCCACCGAUGAUGUCCACUCGAGCGAGUGUGGAGCCUUCAGCGCUUCCCUCCGAAUAUUCUUACUAUCCGGGAUCCGCGUGCGCAAACAGGGCGUAAAUAUGAUUAAAAGUCGUGGAUGUGGAUGUGAACUCAGACGCUCCAGUAAUAAUAAUAAUAAUAAUAAUAAUAAUAAUAAUAAUAAUAAUAAUAAUAAAACGCUCAAUUCAUGCGCGCGUUUAAAAAGGUGGCAUCUAAUUUCUGCAAAUAUCAGGGCGCACAGAAACAAACAAACAAAACAAACAAAAAAACGUAUGAGAUUCCUUUUAGAGCUGCAUGGACCUAUUAUGUCAUCUUGCUCCAGUGGACUACUUUCUACAGGAAAUACAAUUUUCUUCUAUCCUGUACUCAAACUACUGCACAGGACUUUAUAAUGGAUUAAAACUUCCAGUCUUUAUUCAUAAGAGAGACAAAAAAAACAAACAAACAAACACACAAACAAAAAACAAAAACAAAUGGAAGAGAUGGAGUAGUCAUCUACUUUAUGUUCUUUAAGUUUAUACUGUAAUUUAUAAUUUUGUAAUUUGAUUGUGUAUAUGAA